AUAAAUGAAAAAGAUGACAAACCGAAAGCUGAAGCGAAUGGGGCAAAGACAGAAGGAGAUGGAGAGAAGAGGGAGGACGAUGAUAAAGAUGACAAGGCAGCACAGUCACUACUGAAUAAACUGAUCCGCAGUAAUCUAGUGAACACGACCAAUCAAGUUGAAGUCCUUCAGAGGGAUCCGACCUCUCCGCUGUACUCCGUCAAGUCGUUUGAAGAGCUACGAUUGAAACCUCAGCUACUGCAAGGAGUGUAUGCCAUGGGUUUCAACAGGCCCUCCAAAAUCCAGGAGACCGCUUUGCCCAUGAUGCUCGCAGAACCUCCACAGAAUCUGAUCGCUCAGUCUCAGUCAGGCACGGGUAAAACGGCUGCCUUUGUGCUGGCCAUGUUAAGUCACGUGGACCCUGAAAACAAAUGGCCUCAGUGUCUGUGUGUGUCCCCCACAUACGAGCUCGCCCUACAGACGGGCAAGGUCAUCGAACAGAUGGGCAAAUUUUACCCUGAAGUCCAACUGGUGUAUGCCAUCAGAGGAAACAAAUUGGAGCGGGGAACAAAAUUACAGGAACAGGUCGUGAUUGGCACUCCUGGCACUGUUUUGGAUUGGUGCCAGAAGCUUAAAUUCAUCGACCCCAGGAAGAUCAAGGUGUUCGUCCUGGAUGAAGCUGAUGUCAUGAUCGCCACACAAGGCCAUCAAGACCAGAGCAUUCGUAUCCAGAGGAUGCUUCCUAAAACUUGCCAGAUGCUGCUGUUCUCUGCCACAUUUGAAGACACCGUGUGGAACUUCGCAAAGAGGAUCGUUCCCGACCCCAACAUCAUUAAACUGAAGCGUGAGGAGGAAACUCUAGACACCAUCAAGCAGUACUACGUCAUCUGCAACAGCAAGGAGGAGAAAUUCCAGGCUUUGUGCAACAUCUAUGGAGCCAUUACUAUCGCACAGGCCAUGAUCUUCUGCCACACCAGGAAAACCGCUGGGUGGCUGGCAGGAGAGCUGUCCAGAGAAGGCCACCAGGUGGCGCUGCUCAGUGGAGAGAUGCAGGUGGAACAGAGGGCAGCGGUCAUCGAACGUUUUCGCGAUGGCAAGGAGAAAGUUCUCGUUACCACUAACGUCUGUGCUAGAGGUAUUGAUGUGGAGCAAGUUUCAGUCGUCAUCAACUUUGAUCUGCCAGUGGACAAGGAUGGAAACCCUGACAAUGAGACGUAUUUGCACAGAAUCGGGCGCACUGGGCGAUUUGGCAAGAGGGGGUUGGCGAUAAACAUGGUGGACAGCAGAUUUAGCAUGAACAUCCUUGACCGCAUCCAGGAGCACUUCAAUAAGAAAAUCGAGAAGCUGGACACAGAUGAUUUGGAUGAAAUCGAGAAAAUCGCCAACUGAGCGGCCGUCUUUGUUCUUCUAAUAGGACUGUGCUCGCGCUACGUUUUAAAUCAGAGGCUGGAAGCAGAGCUGUGCCAGAGAGGAUGUUUACAUGUGGAGCAGUUUUAUCUCAGAUGGGGUUUUUAUAGGUUUUGUUUAAACACAUUUCACUCUUUGUACUUCUUAAUAAAUUUUGAAUGUCUAGUCUUAACGUCACGUGUACGAGAAUGCUACAGAAGCAGUCUGGGAUAGUGGAAUAUGCCUUUCAAUAUAUCCACAAUUUCAUCAUGAACCUUUUAAAUUGACUUUGCCUUCACACAAAGCGUUAUAUUGAUUUCUAACAUGGGACUCCAAACCAAGGACUCAUAUUGUCGUAAUUACGGAUGAGAUUUUUGUGGAAACAGCUGAAUUUUCUAUCACAAGCUGAAAUGAAAAACGAUCUUUUUUAGUCAAGUUUGUGUUGUAUGAACUCUGGGUGCAGCUAUAUGUGAUUUGGUGUGAGUCAAAAUGCAGGGUUUAUUUAACAUAUUGAGAGAUUGCUGUUAUUGUGUUAUACAUUAAUACUUGAUACCUCAUGACAUUGCUACAGAAGGGAUGCUGGCAGUUAUUGGCUUCGAAUUAAACCGAAACGGUUGCCAAAAUCCUUUUAUUGAUAGGAAAUUAUGCAAAAGCCAAAGAUUUGUGCCUCCAUUGGAUUUGCCAGUAUUUAACAUGGAAUAACACAAACGGAUCUAUUCAUCGUGUACAAAUAUUGUCAUAUUUAAUAAGUACAAAGAGUGAAACUGUUGCUAUAUUUAACGGAUGCAGUGUAAAGAAAGCAGAUGUGUCGCGGCAUUCGUUGUAAGAGUGCUCUGGAGCGGAAGCAUUUUUUGUGUUCCCAGUCCCAGACUGCAUUGAAUUGGAAAUUAUCAUGUUCACGUACACAAAUGCAACCGAAGGCUGUGCCACAUUCCCAUUUAGCACCCGCCUUAAAAAUGUAAAAGGCAGAUGUGAGCGCAUCCUAUACAAUCACGCUGUAUUCUUCAGGGUAGCCGUAGCAAAUGAUUAUUUUAUAUUAUGGGACAUUUUAAUUUAACCACUCGAAACUCAACCGGCUUCAUUAUAUAUGCAUUAUGAUAGACGUAUAUUUUAUUCGUUGGUAUGCGAGUAGUGAGGUUGGGGUAAAGUGUGUCAGUCGCAUCUUUGAAGGGAAGACUUUUCUUGAUCGAUUAAAUAUAUGAUGCCUUGUUCAUUUUCUCAGUUUGGUUCAAGCUGUCAAUCAUACCUGUUACAAUGAUAUUAAAUAGAGGGUUUUAUUUUUUUGUUUGC